GUUCCUGUUACUUUGAACCUGUUUUACCAUAAAUGAGUCUCUGCAGAGCGGGUCGGUUCAUAAGCAAAAGAUGUUAACUAUGAAUCAUCUCUCCAUUAUUGCUGUGAUUGGCUUCCUGCUCCUCAUGUUCACCUGCAAAGGUGAGUCACAGCAGACAGGUUCAUCCCAGUCAGUUACAGUGAUGGUCGGUGAGGUCGUGGUUCUGCCGUGUUUCCUGAAACCUCCUAAAGAUGCGUCUAAGAUGACCGUGGAGUGGGGCAGACCCGACCUGAAACCCAGAUUUGUGUUUGUGAGUCUUGAAGGUCAAGAAUAUACAGCCGACCAAAACGAAGCCUACAGGGGAAGAUCGUCAAUGUUUCCCGAAAAUCUGAAAAAUGGAGACGUUUCACUGAAACUCUCUGAUGUCAGAAUAUCUGACAAUGGAAGAUACAGAUGCUACUUACCGAAAGAGAAGAAGGAAUAUUUUGUUGAGCUUGUUGUUGGUUCUGUUUCCUCACCUGGUGUCAGUUUAUCUGGACUGGAUGUCAGCAGCAGUGGAGUGAAGCUGGACUGCAGCGCUGCAGGCUGGUAUCCAGAACCUGAGCUGUUCUGGCUGGACGGAGACGGAAACAUCAUGUCUGCUGGACCUGCAGAGAAAAGCCCAGAUCCUGAUGGUGUUUACACUGUUAGCAGCAGAGUGACUGUAGAGAAGAGAAACUACAACAACUUUACCUGCAGAGUCCAACAGAGAGACAUCAACCAGAGCAGAGAGACACACAUUCAUGUUCCAGAUGGUUUCUUCAUUUCUCAGCCUGACUGUAAUAUUUUUAAUAUUUUUGCUGGGAUUUUGGGCAUCAUAGUUGUUAUUGGAGCUGCUGCGUUUAUAUGGAAAUGGAGGCAAACUGAAACCUCAAAGAAGAAACUAAAAGUUAAAGCGAAUGAGGAGGAAAAGCAGCUCAUGAUUAAAGAAAAAGAGAAAUUAUCUGAGAAGAAAUCAAAGCUUGAGGAGGAGUUAAAAUAUAGAAAUGAGGAUCAGAGAAUUAUUGAUCAGCUGAUUGGAGCAUUAAUGGAGACGUCAGAGGAACUGAAGAAUCAGAGAAAACAACUCAGUGAUCAAAGAGAGAAAACAGAGAAAAUGAUUGAAGAGGAUGAGAAGAAAUUUAACACAGUUAUUGAUGAAGAAAGAAACCAGACGGGGAACUUGGUAGAGAAAAAAGCACAAGGAUAUUUAAAACUGAAGUUAAUCAUAACAGAGAGUUUAGAGAAAAUGGACAAGACAAAGAAAGAUCAUCAACAUGUGGAACUGAUGGCACAGAAACUAGUAGAGAAAACAUGUAAAGAGGUUAACAGGCUGAAGGAGAGGAAACAGGAAAUAGAGAAAAAUGUAGAGGAAAUUAAAAAACAACUUGAUGAAAUGAAAACCCAGCCGGCUGUCAGGAGAUUCUCCGGCUCCAGAGAUGCUGCAGCUGUAGUUCCCUUCAUCGGCCUUGGAGACGUUUCUGAUGGUCAUGUUGCUGCUGUAGCAGGUCAUGAGAUGGAGACCAUCUUUAUAGAAAUCUCUGAUUUUAUAAAGAACAAAGGAGACGAUGCAUUCAGAAAGGUAAUCUUAUUUUUCUCCAAUGUAAAUUCUUCUACUUUACUUCCUAAUGUGUUAAACUUUGUUUUCUUCUAUCACUUUUUUAUCGUCAGGAUGAUUCUCGAGUCUCAAAGUUUAUCUCUAAAACCUUCGAUCAAAGCGUUUGUGUUUGCUGAACUCAUGUUUGGUUUCCUUCUCCUGGGAUUCACCUGCAAAGGUGAGUCUCUGGAGACGAAGCGGCCUCGGCUCGUUGCAGCGAUGGCCGGUGAUGACGUGGUUUUACCGUGUCACCUGGGAGUUACUGUGAACCCCGACGAGUUGGUGGUGGAAUGGGGGAGACUGGACCUCAACCCCAGAUUUGUGUUUAUGUGGUUUGAAGGGAGUGAAAAUGUAAAAGAGAAAAACGUCGCAUACAAGGGAAGAACGUCUGUGUUCACAGACAGACUGAGAGACGGAGACGUUUCAUUGAGGCUGACGGCUGUAAAACACUCUGACAACGGCAGAUUCAGAUGCUACAAUCCUAAAGAGAUUCAAGAAUAUUCUGUUGAUCUGCUUGUUGGUUCUGUUUCCUCACCUGGUGUCAGUUUAUCUGGACUGGAUGUCAGCAGCAGUGGAGUGAUGCUGGACUGCAGCGCUGCAGGCUGGUAUCCAGAACCUGAGCUGUUCUGGCUGGACGGAGACGGAAACAUCAUGUCUGCUGGACCUGCAGAGAAAAGCCCAGAUCCUGAUGGUGUUUACACUGUUAGCAGCAGAGUGACUGUAGAGAAGAGAAACUACAACAACUUUACCUGCAGAGUCCAACAGAGAGACAUCAACCAGAGCAGAGAGACACACAUUCAUGUUCCAGAUGGUUUCUUCAUUCCUCAGCCUGACUGCAGCGUUUCUAUCGGCUCUAUGGUGAUUCUGCUUUUCACACUUUUUAUUGGAGCUGCUGCUGCUUUUAUAUGGAAAUGGAGGCAAACUGAAACCUCAAAGAAGCUAAAAGUUAAAGCGAAUGAGGAGGAAAAGCAGCUCAUGAUAAAAGAUAAAGAGAAAAUGUCUGAGAAGAAAUCAAAGCUUGAGGAGGAAUUAAAAUAUAGAAAUGAGGAUCAGAAAAUUAUUGAUCAGCUGAUUGGAGCAUUAAUGGAGACGUCAGAGGAACUGAAGAAUCAGAGAAAACAACUCAGUGAACAAAGAGAGAAAACAGAGAAAAUGAUUGAAGAGGAUGAGAAGAAAUUUAACACAAUUAUUGAUGGAGAAAGAAACCAGACGGAGAACAUGAUAGAGACUAGAGCACAAGGAUAUUUAAAACUGAAGGCAAUCAUGACAAAGAGUUUAGAGAAAAUGGACAAGACAAAGAAAGAUAAUCAACAUGUGGAACUGAUGACAGAGAAACUAGUAGAGAAAACAUGUAAAGAUUUUAACAGGCUGAAGGAGAGGAAACAGGAAAUAGAGAAAAAUGUAGAGGAAAUUAAAAAACAACUUGAUGAAAUGAAAACAUGAAUAUGAUUUCACCACUGAGACAGAAACAGAUUCAGUUCAUUUGUUUUUAAAUGAUGUGAGGAAAUAAAAUUAUCAGGUUUCAGUUCAUUAAAUUCAGUGGAAACUUUCAGACGUUUUUCUGAUUCAGGGCAAAAAAACAUUUUGAAGAAAUAAAUCAGCAGAAAAGUUUAAACUCAGCAGUCAUUUGAUUUUUACAUGUAAGGAUUGUUUUACAAAUGUCCUGGAUGUGAUUCAUUAAAUUAACUCCAACCAGGAACAAAUAUUGACUUUAUAACUGUAACAUAAAUAUCUGAAAACAGAUAUUUAUCUGUUUUCAGAUAUUUAUGUUUAUUCUGAGGAUUUAUCUUCAUCCUGACUUUUGAUUCAGUCUCUUUUUUAUCAGGACACAGAAUAAGACAUGUUUGUUUUUUGUUUUAGUGCUUAAAACAAAAAGUUUUGUCACUUUUUUGUAUUUAUUUAACUUUUCUUUAAAUCUGGUAAUUUUCCUUAAUGCCUCUCAGAAUGAACAUCAAAACAUCCAGUAACAAGGAGACUUUCUUUUGAUUGUUUUACAGCAAAUGUUUGUAUCUGUGUUUUAUUCUUAUGUGUUUUAAUCUGUGUUUUAUAAAUAUUGCACAGUACUUUGGAGCAGUUGUUCACUUUGACUUAAAAA